CCUCCCGACCAUAUCACUAAGUCACUCUAGUCUCACUCGAGUGACUCAGUGACAAGUCUGACAUCACUGUCGGAUCGGGAGGUAGGCUCACUUCCGGAGGAAAACCAACCAGAUGUGAUCAAAAUCGUUUUCCACCGGGUGAAGAGCUUCUCAACAAAGGUAACUGCAACCAAGCCAAGGAGAAAGCGUUCAGAGCGCUUUGCAAAUUCUUCAAGAAGAAAACGUUCCGGUACUGCCGUUCUCCCUUUUCCUACGCAUUCCUUGAGGAGAUGAUGACUUCCCCAUCCCCUUGGAAUGGUUGUGAAGAAGACCCCAGACAAAGUUGGCGAAAAAAAUUUUUACUGGUAAAUGAAACCUUUUGCUUUGCAUCUGCGUCGCCUUCAAAACAUCAUUAAGAGGGACGCACCGAUCGAAGAGGAUGUCUUCAUCGAAAAGAUGGCAGAGAAAAUGGAUCUUUCAUUGAAUCAGGAAGAGGAGCUAAAAGCCAAAGGAACUUCCGAGGAAAAGAUUGAUGGAAUUUUCUUUAUUCUCCGCAAGAAACAUCCGAAGAAGACCUACGAUAAUGUGCUGGAUGCUUUGCAAGAAAUGCAGAGGGGUGAUAUUAUCUCUAAACACCUGCAGGCAUCCAGAGGGGAAUCAGUACGGCACACCCGGCAGCGAUGCACCUGUACUGGAGCCCAGGCUAAAAGAACAGAGAUGCCUCCCAUCUCAUCUUUCACUCGGAACUCCAACCGUAUCAAAGGGGUUGGCACAACGGAAAUGCAGGAAUUCUUUUCACUGAGACUGGAUCCCCGUAGCAACCCUCGGAAUUGGGGACUGGACGAGGUCGAGCAGUGCCUUAAGAACAAUAACUUGGCCAUGUAUUGCUGCAAAUUUCGUGAGGAGGAAAUCCACGGCACAGAACUCUUGGACUUGAAAAGAAAGGACUUCAAGGUGAUAUUGGGGAUCGAACAUUUGGGGCCUAUCAAGCGUCUACAGAAAGCUAUAAAGGCACUAAAGCGUUCUGAGAAGCAUUUCAUCAACUUGAUCCCGACAAAUGCAACGAACAACCAUAUCGCCUAAUGUUUUCAUCCUGUUUUUCUCUAUCCAUUGCAAAACUUCCCUUCCUCUCACACUAUGUAUUCUGUGAUUUUUUAAUUUCAUAUAUACCCACUCAAAAAAGAAACGCAGAGUUGAAUCACUAGUAUAUUGUACGUACAGUUUAAUCAUGUUACGACAUGUAGCCAUGAAUUCCAUCAGGGCGGAAAGAAAUUAAGUGUUUGAGACCAUUUUACUCUUGAAUGUCCAUCACCUGUAACCGCUUGCGCAUGAAUUGAAGUUUUACUUAAAACCCUAGUAAAGAGCAUGUGGAUUUCAUUCGUUCGCAAUGAAACUCGGUGCAAUGUCGCGUAAUGCCGUUUUCAAUAAAAAGGGGUGGGUUCUCGUCAAUGGGAAGGCAGUCGUUGUAGUGUAAACAUCCAUCAAGGAUGCAGAGACUCUCAGUAGCGGAUUGAGAUAAUGGUAUUCGGAGUUUGGAAGCUGGAGUCCCGGUCUUCCGUUGCAAGACAUUUUAACGGCCUUCAGCAACAAUGUUCAACGCCUAAUUGUCCAGGCAAGGGCAGAUCAAGAAACACCAUCCCUGCUGGAAUAUGCAUAACGAUGGUUAGGCUCAGGCUGACGCGAUGGGUUUCGGUUCAGGUUCCCUCUAUAUUUUUACCCAGUAAAGGUUGGGUUACCGGAAUUCGGCUCAUGAAGGCGGUGCGGGCUUCGAUAAAGACACGGAUGAGGACAUGCUUUUCUGUGACUUCUUUAAAUUUGCAUCUAGGAUG